AUGAGCCCAGCUCUGCCAAAGGGUGCGAAGGAGCACGCUGCGAUCGAAGGGGAAGAGUACCCGCCAGUGCGUCAACUGGAGCUUGCGGCUCUCCUGCGCAAUGUGAGCCUUACCUCUGGGCGCCGAGAACGUCUGACAAAUUGCGCUAAUGCUCCGUCCUGUCGAUAGUAUAAUCUGCUUAUUGACGAGGCAGCGGACCUGAUUACGAAAGCUGCAACGAGGUCUAUCAAUUCGGAAAGCCCACGUGAUCCACCUUUUGCUCACAAGGCAACGAGGUCUCGAGCUCCAAAGGACCUUGGCAGCCUUUUCAAGCAGGACAUUCCCGUGUGCGACCGGCACAAGCUUUUGAAGGUGCGUUUGGCGUCGUGAUCUUUCAGUGACAUGGGUCUGGCGCUGACUGCGAAAACCGUCCGAUAGACCGGGGUUUUGCACCUCUGUCACACCACCUUACUCCCAGUAUCUUUGCAAUGGGCGAAAGGACGGCCAUCGCAACCUGACCAACGCGGCAGAAGUCCAGUGCCUCCAGUGGAGGCUUGCAGUGAGUCUGAAAUUUGGCAAUGCGCGCGACUCAAGGUCAGGACUGACACCACAAGACGCGGUUGUCCUGGACGUACUAGGUCUGCUAGCGGAAGCAAGCACGAGACCAAACGCGACGGCCGCGACAAUACCACAACAGCAAAAAGCCGUCUCGUCCGUGCGACUAAUCACAAGCCUCUUUCUGGACAUUGCGACCCUUUGUUGCUGGUGCGGGCUGGCAUCGCAGCCGUCUAGUGCAGCUCAAUUGUGAGUCGCCGAGGUCCUGGAGCUUGCAAUUGUACCCGCUAACAUGCAAUGCGGCCCUCCUCUCAGCACCACAGUAGGCUUUGGCCGGGCCAAGGCGGCGACUGCAUUCUUAGACAGUUGCUUGGAUCACUGCCAGUUCUAUGAAAGUCCUGUGUCAUUCAUAGUUGUUGCGAACUCCGACCCGACGUCGGAUACCGAAAAGCAAGGCGCGAGUGAAGGCAUCUCGGAUACUUCGGCCCAACUAUGCCGUUCUCUGGGCUUGCAAGUCGUCAACAACGACGAGAACAACACUGUUCUCAAGUCAGACAACAUCGAAGUCCAGGCCGUGCUUUCGGGAGGAGGCCUUGAAACGGAUCGAGAACGGCUUGAAGAGCUCAGCACGGAUGCGAUCGAACUCGCGGACGCCCCCAAGAUCAUAGCUGCUGCUGACAUGCUGAACCAUUGA